ACGCCUAACAGAUACGAAUAUGCAGGAAAUGCUUGACUACAGUGUUGCCAUAUCGAGCAGUGGUGGCCACUAGUGUACGUUGCUUACGGUCACUCAGUUUGUCAUCAAGUGCGCAGUUGAGCACACAGAUGUGCUCUCUUGGUUCGCUGAAGCUGUAAGGAAACUGUUGCCUGCGCAGAUAGACUACAUUAUUAUGAUACAAGAAGACAACACCGCCGCCACACAGGCACUGGUGUCCGCGGUCAGGAAUGGGGACAAAGAUGGAGUAGAGACCGCCAUCCACUCCGGAGGGGAUAUCCACACCUCCGUUCCCAGGGACGAUCCGGAUGUCCCCGGGGGCUCCCUGUUGACUCUCGCUGCCUGUCGGGGUUGUGCUGGCGUGGUGCCCGUUCUCCUCAGCGCUGGUCACCACGUGGACAGCAAGGGAGCCUUCCCUUACACGCCGCUCCAGGUAGCAGUGCAUUGCGGCCAUCAGCAGAUCGUCACCACUCUCAUCGACGCCCACGCUGAUGUCAACACCAAAGACCAGCAUGGGGUGACCUCGCUGCACCUGGCUGCGAGGCGUGCACGUACGUCCUGUGCGAGAGCUUUGAUCAACGCAGGAGCCGACUUUGACGCUCAGGAUAGCGCUCUGCGCACCCCUCUACAUGUCUCUGUCUUGAGUUAUUCUAAUGAUAACACCGAGGUUAUGAAACUGCUAUUGGACGCAGGCUGCAACUCCCGAGCACUUAAUAACACAGCUUUCACGGCAAUGCACGUGGCGGCCUUGUCCGGAAAUGAAAAAGCUGUUCAGGAACUGUGCAUGGCCGGUUUGAACCCGGAGGAAAAGGACAAGUUCGGACUGCUGCCGGAGGACAUAGCCGAGGCCUGGGGGAAGCACAACACAGCUUGGCUCCUGCGCAAGAUGCCCCAACGCACGAAGAGGACUUCUCCCAAACCUAUACUACAAAUGUUGAAGAGAAGUUGGGAUGAAUACGAGGCUGAAGGUGUGAAGACGUUGAGUUGGGUACACGAGGAAAACUUCGUAUUAAUUAAAGAAAAUGUCCCCGAAAACCGUGAUGGACAUUAUCAGGACAGUGAGGGUUUGACAGCUCUCCACUGGGCAGCCAAAUUGGGCCAUAAGGUUGUCGUACGUACCCUGAUCGACAGGUGUGCGUCCUUGCCCAGUGUGGUGACCUAUGAUGGGCAGACUCCAGCUGACCUGGCACGGAUGGCAUCCCACGAGGACCUGGCAAGCACCAUCAUAGAGGCUACGCACCCUCAGGCAGGCGUGUCCGCUCCAGCGCUCUACAAGGAACUUUUGAUGGUGAUCAGCGCUGGUGACGACGUGGCGGAAGCCUCUCGGCUGCUGCGCUCAGGAGCGCCCCUCGAGCCCGUGGGGGACUUCUACACUAGCGCCCUCGUCCUCGCCGUCACCUGCAACAGGCCGAGGAUCCUGAGUCUUCUGGUGGCAGCUGGAGCACCACUCACCACCUGCUCGGAGGGCCUCUCUCUCCUCCAGCUGGCCUGGCGUUCACAUGACGUUACCAUCCGGCUUCGUGUUCUUGUCACCAGGAACUUCCUACACACACUCCAGAUAGAAAGACGUCGCCUUAAGCCACAAGACUCUGCUCUUAGAGAGGGUAUUGACCACCUCGUGACGAGUCUUAGAGGCGAGACCCCUUGGCAGACCAGCUUGCCUCUUCUGGCAGACACUGACCUCACCUCACUCAUGGUCUCAGCUACCACUAACAACUGCCCUCUGACAGCAUCCUUCCUGAGGCAGGCGGGAGCCAAGUCCUUCCUGCAGGACCAGUCCGGCAUCACUCCUCUGCACGCGGCGCUGGACGCCCACCACUGGGACCUCGCCAGGUUGAUGGUCAAGCAUAUAGGAGCCUGUCUCUACAUCCCCGACUCCUUAGGCAGGCUUCCCUUGGACAUGCUGCCCGCACACCACAGAACACAGGUGGAGGAGAGCAUUUAUCAGCAAGAGAGACAACAAUUAGAAGAUUUGAUAGAGAAGGUCAAGGAUAAGGAAGAGAAAGACCAGCUUCACGAGGUUCUUGACCAGUAUGACUCUUUGUUUGCAAGUUACCGAACGAAUUCUCCAUUGAAUAAGACUCGCCUUCCUUCCGAAGCUUCAGCACGAGAACGCGCCGUCAACUCAUACGGUCUUCUGGUAUCUUGCCGGCGAGGGCUUCUGCAGUUGGUAUAUCUUCUUGUCACCGUAGGAGGCCUUGACGUAGAUACAGUGGUCGACGAUACCCAUGACUCUACUGCUCUCCACCAAGCUGCCGCCCAUGGCAACUCAGGGUGCUUGGUUCUGCUCCUAAGUCUUGGAGCAUCUGCUCUGAAGGCAGACCGAUACGGACAUACGCCAUCCCACUUUGCUGCCAUGUUUGGUCAUGGCACAACUUAUCAGCAGGUAAAGGUGUUCCUGGAGGACCAGCAGCCUGUCAGUGCGGCGGGAACAACCCCAGCUGGCGUUAACUCUAACUUUACAGGCUACUUGCACCGCUACAUGAAGACUGAAGUCAAGCCCGAAGGCGUUCUGGUUUUCAAAAACCCCUCUGAAGGAAUCAAGGAGCUCCUAAAACUUGUUAAUAUUAGAGACAUGGCAAGUCAAUUAAGUAAUAUCUGUGUUGACUUCAGUAAAGGUGAAGCUAAGGAGGUCAAGGAGGUCGUGACCCGAGAGGUCCAGCUUAUAAUGAACAAAGUGAGUGCUGCUGACAGUCUAUACGAGGGGAAGCUAAUCACUGUAGGAAGUACAUCAGACGGCACACGCCUCUAUGCACCAGAUAACUUCGACUUAAGCGUUGUGUUGUCAAACGUUCCUGGAAUUAAAGUGGAAAUAGUUGAAUUGGACCCUCAACAAGCUGCUCUGAAUGGACACAGAUUGAGAGUUUGUGUCAAGACAGACCAUCCAAGUCUUCAAGGGAAAACUUUGAUAAAUAACUUCUAUGAGUUAGUAAGGAAGUGUUUGGAGAUUCACACUAUCGAGAGAAGUCAGUUGAGCCUUGUGCCGCCAGGAGUGACCAGAACUCAGGUAGGUGUGGCACUGACACUUGCCUGGCAGGGCAAAGAGUAUCCUCUUUUGCUGAUUGGCAUAGACUUAGUUCCUGUACUGGCUAUCCCCUGGCCAGCAGAGGUAAGCAGACCCCCACUGACUCCUGCUAACAUCAGUCAAGUGUAUCUGUGUAACACAGCCGACGGGGAGUGGCGUUGUAGCUUUGCUGGAGCCGAGUCACAAGUCCUGAGCCAACUGGACUCCCAGGAGCGCCGCAUCUAUGUGGCCUUCAAGGCUCUUCUCUCUCACCUGAAGGCUGAGUCCUGGAUGCCUCGAGAAGUAAAGGCAAACUACACUUGGUGGGAUUCACGCAAGUGGAAAAUCAUGAUCCCAGCAGGAUUUGCUGUGAAAAACAGCUUCCUAAAUCAGCUGCAACGCAAACGCGAGGAGAAGAGAGAGUGGCGAGACGAGGACCUCUUAGACGUGAUCAUCACCAUCUUGAGAGACAUGUGUCAAGACUUCUAUGACCCAACAACCAACAAAGAAUCUUUAGUACCAUCCAAAGUUUUCGCUUAUUUUGGUGGAGAGUUUGAGAAGCCCAAGACAGGAGAUGGUGCUCCUGAGAUUAUUAAGGUCAUCAGAGAACUAGGGUCAACAUCAUAAAGACUUGGACAAAAUUACAUUUUUUGAAGAUUCUUUCUUGGGAAAGAAAGCUAAAAAUCUGGAGCCUUUGGAUGUUUCCCGAUAGUGUGCAAUACUCUUUAUUUUAUUUAGUUUAAGAACAGCUCUUUUUGCUGUGCUAAAACCAGUUUUGAAAUUAAUACUCAUAAUCCUGUAUGUUAUGGUAUCCUCUCGCCUUAACUUUACCACACUUUUUAACUUCAUAUAAAGUUAUGUUGUAAUCAUCAGCUUGACCUAUUUCAUUAUAGGCACUUUCAAUGUUGGUGUUACGAUUUAUAAGUUCUCGCAAGAGGAUGAUUUAUAUAUUCAAUGUUAUAAUUUUCUGAAUUAUCAAUAUUUGCAUAUUAAGGCUACAGCAACAUGUAGGCCUAACUUACAGGCAAGUGGUGAUGCAUUUGAUCAGUAGCCUGCAAUGACAAGCUUGGAUAUAUUAUAAGGAUAUCCUCAUAAAUACCAGAGUACUUAAGGUAAUUAGGAAGUUCAUCCUGGCCGGUCUGAAGGGUGUAAUGACUAGACAUUCAAUGAUGUGAGUGUCAAUGAUGUGAGAGUGUCAAUGAUGUGAGAGUGUCAAUGAUGUGAGUGUGUCAAUGAUGUGAGUGUGUCAAUGAUGUGACUGUGUCAAUGAUGUGAAUGUGUCAAUGAUGUGAGUGUGUCAAUGAUGUGAGUGUGUCAAGGAUGAGAGUGUGUCAAUGAUGUGAGUGUGUCAAUGAUGUGAGUGUGUCAGUGAUGUGAGUAUGUCAGUGAUGUGAGUGUGUCAAUGAUGUGAGUGUGUCAAUGAUGUGAGUGUGUCAAUGAUGUGAGUGUGUCAAUGAUGUGAGUGUGUCAAUGAUGAGUGUGAGAUCGACCUCUCCUCCUGAAAUGAUAGUUCUUAGAGUAAUUAUUUGGUCGAACUUACCAAUAUGUAGUGAUGGACCGUCAGUAUACUAUAUACUUUUUAUAAUAUUAAUUGUAUAGUUUGAAAAAAUAAAGCUAAAAACCGAA